GUUAACAAGAUGGCGGCUGUAGCGCUGGUUAGCCGUCCUGCGAGUGUCCUUCCGAGGAUUUCCAGCGGUUCAAAUCCAGCUGUGGCCUUGGCUGUUUUGGUCACAACAGGCCAGCAGAGGAAGCUGCACCAUGCCGUGGUCCCCAGAGGGAAGGGCGGACGCUCCUCCUCCAGUGGAAUAGCUGCCACUGUCUUUGGGGCAACUGGUUUCCUUGGGCGUUAUGUGGUCAACCGACUUGGUCGCAUUGGGUCGCAAGUGAUCAUCCCUCACCGGUGUGACCAGUAUAACCUCAUGUACUUCAGGCCCAUGGGUGACCUGGGCCAAAUAAUGUUUUUGGAGUGGGAUGCCCGGGACAAAGACUCCAUCAAACGUGCAUUGGAACACUCCAAUGUUGUCAUCAACCUAGUGGGACAAGAGUGGGAAACCAGGAACUUCCGCUUUGAGGACGUGUUUGUGACCAUCCCUCAGCAGAUCGCCAAGGCUACCAAGGAGGCUGGAAUCACAAAGUUCAUCCACAUGUCUCACCUUAACGCUGACAUCAAAAGCUCAUCCAAAUACCUGAGGAACAAGGCUGUUGGAGAGGCGGCUGUGAGGGAUGAGUUUCCUGACGCCAUCAUCAUGAAACCUUCAGAGAUGUUCGGGAGAGAAGACAGGUUCUUCAACUAUUUUGCAAAUAUGCGCUGGUUCGGUAACGCUGUUCCGCUCAUAGCCAAUGGAAAGAAGACGGUAAAGCAGCCUGUCCAUGUGGUGGAUGUGGCGAAAGCCAUCGUCAAUGCUGUCAGGGACCCUGAGGCGAAUGGAAAGACGUACGCUCUCACUGGGCCUAACAGGUACCUUCUUCAUGACCUGGUGGAGUACAUCUAUGGGGUGGCACACAGGCCCUUCAUAUCCUACCCCAUGCCCCGCCCUCUCUAUCAUCUUGCUGCAAAGGUCUUUGCCAUGAGCCCGUUCGAACCCUGGACGACUCCAGAUAAAAUCGAAAGGUUUCACACAACAGACAUGAAGUACCCCGGACUUCCUGGUCUGGAGGACCUCGGCAUCACUCCUUCUGCCGUGGAGCAGAAGGCCAUCGAGGUCCUCCGUCGCCACCGCGGAUUCCGGUACCUGGACGCCGGCCUGGAGGAGACGAAGCCGGCCAAGACUGUCAACUUCUAGAUGAGCCGCUGAUGAGAAGCUGUCAGGAACUGUGUCGUGUAUAUAAAUAAAGACUUAUCCUCUCUG